AUGAAGCUAUUCAACAAAAAGAACGGAGCUGACAAAGCUGACAAAACAAACGCUGAAAAGAAGAAAGGUGGAAAUGCGUUUACUAGAAAGUUCAGGAGAGGAGGCGAUGCUGAAACUGGCACUGUGGCAACGGGCAAUACAGCAAAUGCAGAGAACCCGAACGAUAGUGACUCGCCUUUCGCUUGGACAGUGAGCUACUUGGCCAGUUUUAUGAGCGUCGAAGUGGGCUUACCGGAAGAUGAAGGCGUCGAUGUCAAACACAGCCUUCCAGUGCCUCCUACCAAAGAAGAACUUGACGAGAUUGAACGAAAAAAGAGAAACAGAAAGAUCCUUUUGGCCAUUCUACUCCUUGCAUUUUUGGGAGUUAUUGCCUUCCUGGUUGUAUUCUUCUUGCUCAAGAAGGAUCCAAAUCCGCUAGCAAGAAGUCGUAUUGAAAUCCUGGAAGACGUUUUGGGGUCAAAUGUGUCACCACUAGAACAGCUUCGUGAUAAUUCAACAGUGCAACAUGAGGCGAUCAUGUGGUUUGCCAAUGAUGAUCCUACCUAUCCAGAGCUUGAAAACGUCUCUGAAGACCUAAUUGUGGCCCGUUACGUUUCCGCGCUGCUUUACAUGUCGACAGGAGGCCCAGAGUGGAGGCAACAAUUGAAUUUCAUGUCAGACUCGUCGGUAUGCGAAUGGAACGAUGGAGGAGCAGGAGAAGUGGAAGAAGGAAUUGUUUGUGACUCCGAUGACGCAGGUAGAGUGGAUGGUAUUGUAGUCGAUAUCAACAACUUGGUGGGCACUUUGCCGACGGAACUGGCAGCACUCCCUUAUCUGAAGACACUUGGCCUUGCUUCAAACAAAUUUGUCGGCACCUUGCCUCCCGAAUAUGGCGAAAUGAGUAGCCUAAUUUACUUGGGUGUCUCUGGCAAUGCACUGACAGGAAGCCUUCCGGAGGAAUUGCGAAAGCUAACAAGACUGAACUCUCUUAAUGUUCACUGGAAUCAAUUUACUGGGACGGUUCCAACAGCCUAUGGCGAAAUGACAUCCCUCAAGGUGGUGCACUUGGAAGGAAACGACUUGCAGGGCAACUUAGAACGAAGUCUCUGCGGACGAGCAUCACCCUACGAAGAGUUCAUGUCCGACUGCGCCACACGACCCGCCGGCAAUGGCCAAGCAGAGUUCCUUGCCGAGGUCACUUGCUUCUGCUGCACUGAAUGCUGCUUCGAUGGAGCCGGAUGCCGAACGCUUGAUACAUUCAAUUUCGACAACUAA